CGUUGCUCAAUGUUGCCAGUUUCACGGUGUUGACGGACGGACGGUGGAGCAGCAAACAGCAAACUAGGAUGAUGCGAGCAUUUUGUAGCAUCCUCCGGUCGUAUUGAUAGCGGAAUAAAUGCGUUUGUAAGUUCCAUUGUCAUAGUGUUAGCGUUAAACAGUUGAAUACCGACGUAGUGUCAAAAUGAUGGAAGAAAUUGAUAGAUUCCAAGUACCAACAGUGAACGAUAACCCGGAGAUGCAACCGCUGGACCCCGCUGCGACUGCCACCUGUGAGGCGGACACAGACACAAGAGAGUCUGAAGGUGUGGCUAUGAACUACAAGCCUUCCCCACUGCAGGUCAAGAUUGAGAAACAGAGAGAGCUGGCCAGGAAGGGUUCGGUCAAGAACGGAACGGUGGGCAGUCCCGUCAAUCAGCAGCCCAAGAAGAACAAUGUGAUGGCCAGGACACGGCUUGUUGUGCCCAACAAGGGAUACUCAUCUCUAGACCAGAGUCCGGACGAGAAACCUCUAGUAGCGCUGGACACAGACAGCGAUGAUGACUUUGACAUGUCCAGAUACUCGUCGUCAGGAUACUCCUCAGCCGAGGUGAGAUGUCUGAGGGAGCAGCAAAUCAACCAGGACCUGAACAUCCAGCUCCUGAAGGAUGGCUACCGGUUGGACGAGAUCCCAGACGACGAGGACCUGGACCUCAUCCCCCCGAAAUCCGUCAACCCCACCUGCAUGUGCUGCCAGGCCGCCACCUCCUCCACAGCCUGCCAGAUCCAGUAGCACCCUCCUCCUCUUCAUCAUCUUCCUCCUUUUCCUUUUCUCAUCUCUCCAUCCCUCUUAUCUUUGCCCCUCUACCCAUCACCCCCUCGUCUCUGUCGUGAGACGAAUAAGAGUUACGAGUUCUCUAAAUGGAAUGAUGACUAAACGAAUAGAAAAUGGCAAUGAGUUAAAAUGUUAUAUUACUGUAAUUAAUAUAAAAUGAAAGGGAAAAAAUGGGGUAAAUGCACAAAAAAUAGAGUUCCUAACUGUCAUUGGUUCCUCCUAUGGUAGGACGCGUGUCUUUGCAUCAUCUUCAGCGGGGAAUGGAGCUUGUGUAUGUGUUUGGGUGUGCUAGACAAAACCUGCUUUGGUUACAAAUGCACGGAGAAAAGGGACAAAAAAACAAAUCUAAACGGAAAACAAAGUGAGUAAACACUAAAUGUUCUGUGCUUGCACAACCUCUCACUCCACUGUCUUGCUUGUGAUCUGGGUGAAUGUGUACGCAGUGCAUGUUGCAGGCGUCCGGAGGUGCUUCGGUCUCGUGGGUCGUAGAUGGCUAUUGGGCUCUCCCGCCAAACUGCUACUUUGUAUGGUCAUGGUCAAACUGUAGCAAAAGCAAAAGAGGGACUAACUUGUAUUUAACACUUUUUUGUUUUGUUUUUUUGAAGUCCCUGCACUCCUUAAGAUGAUCUAUCAAAACUGGUUAACUUCCCCUGUCAGACCCUAUAUUGUUUACAUUGUCUCGUUUUGUUUCCAUAGUCUGGGGUUUGUGCAAAUCCACUAUCCCAUUUCCCCCCUGAUCCAGGGGAAAAUACAGGGUUGAACUGCAUGUGUCAACGAGAAAUUAUAUGGACGAGAUAUUCAUGUUUUUCUUUUUUAAAUUUAUAUUGGUGUUAUUAUUUAUUGUAAUGAAAUGUUACUCUCUGUUAGCAUGUUGCUGCUUCUAGUGGUAUCAGAGCUCACUGGGGCAUCAGGAGGAAGAAUGACAGUGUGUCACCAGUGUAAUGCUAGGACUCUGGUUCCCUUGAUCUUGAUUGCUCCUCAGUACACUUAGCAGAAGUUAGGAGACAGCCAAGCAGACUGAUUAAACAAAAUGGUUGCCAGAUCUUAUACUGAAUGACACACUAAACCAGUCCCUCUUCCAGGUCUCUCAGUGACUUGAUUACAUCUGUUCGAGAGACUGGAAAGUCUUUCCUGGCCAUUUGGUUUUCAUUCUACCAGGGAAAAAAACAAGGUGCGACAGAAAACAAACCCAUCUAUACCAGGUGUGUGGAGAUGAAGCAGCCCUUUCUGUCGGUGUUCUGUAUGUUUUUGCAGUUCACAUGAACAGGUCACUGUUCAUUUUGUUCAUAAUUUGUUUAGUCUUUACUUUUUAAUUAUAAUUAAUUUAUUAUUAAGUUUGUGCUUGUUUAUUUCCAGUGGUUACUUACAUUGUUAGUGAAAACGGUUACAUGCAGUAGUCAUCAUGUGUUCAUCCUGGUGCACCAUGGGAGGUCAAUUAGAGAGAGAUGUUCAUGUUGAAGUAGCUGCUUUGUCCUGUACAGUGGUGUGACAUCACAAAUAUACUAGUUCCAGCUGCCCCCAGCUCAUGUGUCGUAUCUCAAUGUCCCGUCUCUGUUUUUGUUUGAGUUUCUUGUCUCUUCAUGUGUGCCAAACAAUGAAACGAGGCAGAAAUAGUGGUGUGGUAGAACUCCAACAUUUUACUCCCCUCCAAAAAAUCCAGAAAAAUAUUAAUUCAGAUUAGCAAUUUUUAAAAAAAAUAUUGUGCUGUGUUGCCAGACUAAAAAUGCCAGUAUCUACUUUUAUGUGCAGAGCUGCCAUAUUGCGUUGUGCUACACCACAUAAGCUAGCAUGCUAUAGCUAGCACAUAUAAACUUGUGUUCCUCUCACUACCAUUACUCCCUUGUGUCUACAUGUAUGCUGUCUGAUCACACACGGCCCCAUUUCUUUGCUUUUAUAACCAAAGACUCAACAAUAAGUCAGAUGAAUCCUUCAUCCCUUCUAAAGGCCUUUAGGCCCCAUGCAUGAGAACGGUUGAGUAUUUUAUCAAAAUUAUACAUAAUGUAUAUUGUACAUGGCCACUGUGUCAGUCUUAGCAAUGAAAGGGAUUGUCUUUUCUGAAAAUAAGAGAAAAGAUAUGUGUCUGUAGUUGUUGUGUGGUGAGUAGACGUUACAGAUCCAACCUUCUUUGUCCUGAUGUCUUACCAUCACCCCCCCCCCCCCAAUAGUCAUUUGUGUGUACGCUAAACAAUGACAUUCACCCUUCGAAAAACCUAGCUGAACUCCACAUUUUCACAUGGGGAAAGACUGACUUAAUGAGUGGUGUCAAGCGAGUUAAGCGAUUGGCUCCUGAGAUACCUUUGGUGAGGAUAGGACAUUGUGCCAGUGUGAGUCCAACUCUGAACAUCUGCCACUGACAGGAAUAACUGAGGGGUCCAUGCCAGUAUACCGCAAUGUGCUACAGCCCACUCCACUCACUACACAUACUGUAGGCUAGUUAAGUCACCUCACACUCAACAUUCUCACUAAAACACUCUAAAUCACACUACUGUGGCUAACUUUUUUUGCUAACCAAUUAGAAUGACAUGCCCUGGUGUGAAUAGGACUUGCUGUGGAACAUUUCCACACAAAAUGGCAUUCAGGGUUUUACUUAAUUCUUCCCCUAGUUCCUGUAUAUUGUUUAUUUCAGUGUAUGAAGAAGAGUAGCAUUAAGGGAGUUUAGUCCAAUAAAUGUAUAUUCCAAACUGAGCGUUUGUGCUGUGCGUUAGCCAGCAGGGCAUUGUUUUUAUUAUUAUUUGCUUUUGUGUUUUCUAUGUAGAAUGGAUGAUGUCUUCUGACUUAACUCUGUUUGGAGCUUCUGUUUUUCCUCUGACUUCUGCUGUGAGGGGUGCCAGAGCUUGCAGUAUAUUAUCGUCAAUUAAGGCCUCAGUACGGGCUCCAUCCCUUUCAGGUGUAUUCAGAUUGUGUUUGUUCAUCCUUCAGAUGCAUUUUUCUGUGGCUUAUGCAAAUCCUUCCCUCCUUUCCAGCCUCAAGGCAUCAGUUUAGCUGUGAAGUGCUUAAGUGCUUGCUGUACCGCCAGAGUGAGUCACAUUGCCUUGAGUUUGAAUGUAGCCCUGCAUUUGUUAAUUCAAUUAUACCAGAAAAAACAGCAUUAUACCGCAAGAAAACAACAACUGAAUAUUCUAUGUAUAUCAUCUCUUCUUGAAGCUCUAGAAGCAUUAGAAGGUCAUAUCUUUUUUCCCCCUCAUUAUCACUGUUUGUCCACUGGUUUGGAUGCAGGAUUGUACAAUGUCCCUGAUGGUCAGAAUUCCCUUGUUGGCUGUAGGAAAAGAAAAACACUAUUUUCUGAAAUAAUCUUCCAUAAGGAAUGUUGACGUGAUUGUUAAAUGCAGCUUAAGAGACACUGGCCAGGAAACCCCCUGUUUUUAACCCUACAGUACCUUCACUGUUGGUUACUGGCUGCAUGGGAACUUAAGUUGCAGCCUAAAACAAACUUGUUUACAGACGUUAAAAUCUGUGGACUGCCAUUAAAAAUCAAUUGUCCAUGCAGACAUUGAGCAGUGUCCUAACACAAGACUGUUUUGUCCACAGAGUGUCUGAGCAAGGCUCAGGACACAUCUGGGAAACCGGCCAAUAGCAGCCACCUCAAGCUGUUAGCGGGUGGUGUGGCUACUCCCGGCCUCUGAUUCUCAGAGUUGGUUUACGUAACCCUGACCUCUCUGUCACACUACUCGCGCUCUCCCUCCAGCCGUCUGGUCUGGCUGAUAGUUGUGGUGGGACCCAAGUUAAAGAAACCGGGUGGCCAUGUGCACUGGUUGGAUUGGAUUUAUCAGAAUCAUCCGUCAUGCGAGAAUGGUCUCCCUCUCUUUUUUCGCUGUCUGUAUUUUUCCUCGGUCACCCUUGCUUUGUGUAUUCACCAAAAAAAAAUGAAUGAAAUGAAAUGCACCUAUUUCCCCCGAAUAACACCCCCUCAUCUCAGCCAUUUUCACACUUACAGUAUAACUCUUGAGUUUGCUGAUUAAGAAAAUGCCUUAAGUACAGCUCCGUAGUGGGUGUCUAUUUAUUUGCUGUUGGUUUUAGUUUGAUUUAAUUUAUUUAAACAGAGUGAGAGAGUAGAUCUUUUUUUCUUUUCUUUUUUGUUUUUCUUUUAACAUAAAACCACAUUUUUUUUAUUAUUCUGCAGAUAUAUUGAUCAUGAUUGUAAAGAUGUGAACAGUUUCCAUACCAGUAUUUAACAGAUGUUAUUGUUCUGUGUAGUGUAUCAUAUCAAUAAAAAAAAUCUGGAAUAUGUGACUUCACCUAUA